GACAGAGCAGAAUAGAUCUACACACAGAAUGGCCAAAACCUUCUUACCAGCUCUACUGCUCUAUGGAUUGAGUUUGGUCUCUGUGUUGGUUUCUCAGUGUCAGACUAUGGAGGUACGUACUGGGGAUACCAUCACCUUGCAGUGCUCCAAUGUUACAACGGCUGUGGGACACACCGCAUGGUUCAAGCAAGUCAACGGAUCAGAGCCUGUGUGCAUCUCGUCUAUGUACGGCUUUAACUCAACACCUUAUCUCCACAAUAGUUUUCAAAGGAGCCAUUUUGAAAUGUUCAGCAACACCACCACUGUCUUUCUCACAAUUACAAAAGUGGAAAUAGGUGACUGUGGUCUGUAUUUCUGUGGAUUGUAUCCAUAUAGCCACAUGUUCUUUGUCAACGCAACAUAUCUAAAAAUUCAAGGGCACAACGGAGGUGGGAAAAUACUAGAGUCAUCGACAAAAAGCACUGCCGAAGCAAAACCAAAACACUGUGAUGGAACUAUCAGUUUAGUAGGAGAGGAUGAUGAUGGAACGACGUACCUCCCUUCCCUGGUUGUGAUCCUGGGUGUUGUGACUGCUGUUCUACUGAUAGUCAUCCUCAUCCUGGUCCUCAAGAUCAGACGAGACACAAAAACACACAACACAGGUAUCGAGGCUCAACUGCAGCCACAAAAUAGCCAGGAUCAGGACCCAGAGUCUCUGAACUACUCAGGACUGAGUUUCCGUCAGAAGAAGAGAGCUGAAGGUCAAAUGAUGGAGAUGGAGACAAAUGUUGUUUAUGCUGCCACAAGAUAAUUGUCAAAUGUUUUAAUGUUGAUAUCAGUGUACUGUAGCACUGAUAAAGAACUGAUGUAAUACAUUGAAUAGUAGUAGUCAAAAAUCCCCUUGUGACAGCCAUCGUGAUUGAGUGCUGAGGUAGAGGAGGGGCCAGUGAGGAACGCAUCACUUCCUGUGUUGUGAGUGACAGGAAGGAGCAGCUCAGUGUUGAGUGAGACCUGCUGAGGUGAACAUCACUGGGCCUAUCAUAGUCUUGACAGAAAGAUAGUGUAAUAUUAUUAUAAUAUUCUUUUUACUGAUAACCAAUAUUUUACUACUUUUUGAUAUUAAAGAUGGGCCCUGGGCGUGUAUCUCUAAUUCUGUGUAAUAAGAUUUAGGAUGCAAACAGCAACAAAAUGAGGGGCACUAGUUGAAUGUGUAUGAUAAUGGUAACACUGAUAUGCCUUGUUAUUUUCCACUGAGAUAAAGUCUUCUCUCUCUCUCUCUCUCUCUCUCUCUCUCUCUCUCUGAUGAAGACGAGCAACAUGCACCACAGGAAGACUGGCCUGGAGCUCUCUCUCUCUCUCUCGCUCUCUCUCUCUCUCUCUCUCUCUCUCUCUCUCUCUCCUCUCUCUCUCUCUCUCUCUCUCUCUCUCUCUCUCUCUCUCUCUCACCACACAAUCUCUUAUCAGCAUUCAGGCCCCACAUCAAUUUCCAUUCCUACCGCUAGACUGAAAAUACCUGACCAAAACCAAACUACUCCAGGCUCUAGACUAGAGAGUUGUGCACAAUGUGUGAAGUGUACAAUGACAAACACUAUUAUACUUCAAAACAUUA